CGGGCAGGGAUUCCGAACAAAGAUGUGUUCUUUCGUGAGAGUGAGGUCCCCCGAAGGAUCGGGGCCUCCGGAAAGUUUGGAAGCUUCUUUUGAAUCAGGCAGGACUUUUCCCUUAGAGAAGGGCGCCCUAGGAGGAGGGGGGAGGUCGCCAAUGGACAUGGAGGUGGGACUCAGCCACCAAAGAAAGGAUGCCUUAGAAGAGAGGCAGGUCUUCACGGGGGGAAAUGCGCCCAGGGAACUGGCACUCGGUGUGGGCUUAGGAAAAGAAAAUUCCUCCAGGAGACAGGACCUUUUGGUUGGUAACCCAUGCGAGGGCAUGGCAUCCCCGGAAACGAAGCCAAGGAAUAAAGAACUUGAACUGAGAUUAAAAAGGCAGAAUAUUUCAGGGGCCUUCGCAGAGAGGAGUCACUUGGCAGCGAGCACACAGGAAACAAAACCUCUGGGUAUGUUACCAAGAACAGGCUUUGACGAGGAGUGCCUUCUGGCUCAGCCUCCCCUGAGCAUGGGGUUUGCAUGUCCACAGGCUCCAGAGGGCCGGGGAGGUGCUGCUGCGGCUGCCGCCCCUGAAGGCCUGGGGGGCUCGGUGGGGAGAAAGGCCGCAGCAGGCCCGCAGCCCCGGCAGCAAGUGGCAGGAGAGCCCACGGGUGCCCUGCCCGGGCCCAGCACAGAGAGGACGCCGCCCGCGGGGGUGGACACCGGGCUGCCCCAGGCAGAGAAGGCCGACGGAACUACAGACAAAGAGCCCCACGUGGCCCUGGUCCUAGAGCCUCCCGAGUUCCAGUUUGCUCAAAAACCUGAAGAAAGAGCCGGUGCUGAAAACACUGAACCGGGAAUAGAACCUCCAGAUCGCAUCAGACCCAUAUAUUCUGGGAAAUUUUUUGAUCGGAUGCCUUGCUGGCCGACUGCAGGGAAAGUUAUUCCUGUGGGAUACCGAGUUGCAAACUGCUUGACUGAAAAACUUCCCAGGCUCACUACCCCACCUGAGGUGAAAAAGUUUUACAACUUCAGACACCCACCUGUGGGAGCUAAAAGAGUGUUUUAUGGCAGAGCAAACGAUCCCCAAAUUGCGCCAUAUUUGACACAUGGAAUAGGAUCAACACAUUCAAUUCUGGCGGAUGCAUUAAUAAAUCCACAGCCUAUUACAUCAUUUCAACAGAAAGUUAAAGAGAAAAAGGAAUCAAUAUAUUUCACCAAUCAACGGGCACCCCUAGGGAGAUCUUAUGAUCAAACCCCAGGAUUACCUAAAGGCCUAGAUGUACUCAAUACAACAUUUGGGACAGCGAGUAUCAGAGAAAUGUCUGCUAGAGAAGUGGUGAAUCCACCAAAAUCCUUCAAAGAAGUAUUUAAAGAAGGGAAAGAAGGGCACGAUCUGUAUAUUGUUUCUCACAAUGAUCACUAUCCUGGAGAAGCAAAGAACCGAAAGUAUAAUUCACCAAAUUUCCAUAGGUUUAAAUUAUAUGGGGUCCCAACACCACAUUUUAAUGAUGGGCGAAACAUGGCAAAAACAUUGUAUUGGCUCCAUGAACUACAAAUGAGUAAAGGGGCUAAGAUAGUAUCCAAGAGAGCUGAUGAUUUCAACGAAAAGUUUCACCAUAAACUUGGAAGAGUUUGGGAUCCUAUUGCAGAAACAAUGACUGUCCCCCCUGACUACACAUAUGGAGCUUGUCUCUAUCCUGAUGCAUGUGGAGCUGGUGACCUCAUCCACAAUAGACUUCCUGGUGAAUAUCUUCGUGGCACCGAGAGACAACGAGCCCAGAUUGCAGCCGUCCGACAUCACUUUAAGAAAGUCAACUACCAACAUUUUGACACUUUGCUGGCAGCCUUCAGGCACUACGACAAGAAGGGAGAUGGAAUGAUAGAUAAAGAAGAGCUACGAGAAGCUUGUGAGCAGAACAACCUUCAUUUAGAUGACACGCUUCUGGGCCAACUAUUUGACUACUGUGAUGUGGAUAAAGAUGGGAUGAUUAGCUACCUAGAAUUCGCAAAUUUUCUUUCCUGGAAAGAUAAAAUGCCACUGAAAGAAUUUGAAAAGAAGGUCAUUGUUAAAGGUAGAAAAUCACAUUGUGCGAACCUAACUGAGGCUAAUGUGGAAGGAUCAGAGCCAACCCUGCUGAUAAAGCCUGAAGAUAUUGUCUUAAAAGAACCAGGACGUUCAGAAGAGACUCUCCGGACGCUUCAGAGGCCGAGCGAUAGAGUCUCUCAUGGCUACAAGACCACUUCUUCUGAGAUUGGCGCCGCUGCUCCUUCUGUUUGUGAGCCCGUCUGCGGUGUGCCAACCAUUCGCUCUGAUAUUCCUGCCCCUCGGAUUCGCCGUAUCAGUGACAGGACUAAUUAUGGUGAAGACGGCAAUGCCUAUUCGUUACUACAUCCUACCAUCUUCAGCCAGAAAGGAGUGUCUGAGACAGACUUCUUCAAGACAAGGUCCAAAAAAGAGAUAGCAGAGAUAUUAUGUAAUAUUGGUGUCAAACUCUCUGAGGAAGAGUUUGAAACGGUAUGGGAUCUCGCAUCAAAAAGACACCGCCGAGGAGAAGUCUGUGUUGAGAAUAUCAGAGAUGUUCUGGAUGAGCUGAGCCAUGCGGACCGAAUCAAGCGUGAAACGACCGCGUGACAGUCGUUGGUGUUCAUUCAUUCAAACAAAUACAUUGCUUACUGUGUCCAGUC